AGUAGACCACUGGAUGUUGUAAGUUAGUUAUUUAAUUUUUACUCUUGAAUGCUUUAGUACAAAGGCCGUAUUGAAUAUAUACACAAUACAUGUGUACACAUACAAAUCAUAAGUCAAAUCAGCGCUGAAUUGGGCUGAAUUAUGAAGGGCAUAAGAGACGUUUGGGACCCAAAAGAGUCAACUCUUCUUCUUCUGAGUCAAAUGAUCUGACUCCCUAAAAAGCACUGAACUCCCCAUUAGAAAAUUUAAUUUUUCCUUUGAAUGCUUUAGUACAAAGGAAGUAUUGAAUAUAUACAUGUUAUAUGUGUACACAUACGCACAAGUCUAAACAGCGCUGAAAUUGGAAGAGCCGGCUCCUCACCAAGAAGAGCCGACCCUUCUUGAGGGAGUCAAAUGAUCUGACUCCCUAAAAAGAACCGAACUCCCCAUCACUAGUACAUCUACAGUAGCCCAGAGCAGACAAACUAAAUACCGAGUAGACCACUGGAUGUUGUAAGUUAGUUAAUAAUUAAGCUGCAGCCUCUCAUUACCAACAUGUCAACACCGACACUGGUUUUAUCCACAUGGGCUCAGAAUGUGGACUCACUCCUCUCUCAGUGAAUGAGUAAACCAGUGGUGGCCCAGUAUGGCUCACAGUGCAAGGAGGAGAGACUGCCCGGAGCUGCCUGACUUCUCUCUGCUCAAGAGGCUGGCCAGAGAUCAGCUCAUAUACCUGCUGGAACAGCUCCCGGGGAAGAAGGACCUCUUCAUCGAGGCAGAUUUGAUGAGCCCAUUGGACCGCAUCGCAAAUGUGUCAACACUAAAGCAACAUGAAGUCGACAAACUCUACAAAGUGGAACACAAACCUGUUGUCAGCACUUCAGAUCAGCUCUGUUUUCUGAUCCGGCCAAGAAUACAAACUGUGAAAUGGAUAUGUGAUGUGGCCAAUGCAGACAAAGCAGCAGGAAAAUUUAGAAGAUACAAGAUCAUAUUUACCCCUCAGAAGUUCUACGCGUGUGAGGCGGUGUUGGAGGAGCAGGGCAUCUUUGGUGAUGUGACCACCGAUGAAUGGGCUUUCAACCUUCUUCCGCUUGACGACGACAUCAUCAGUCUGGAGCUGCCCGAAUUCUUCCGAGACAAUUUCCUGGCGGGAGACCAGCGGUGGGUGAGGACAGCCGGCAGCGCUCUGCACCUCCUUCACUCACUCUACGGCCCAUUCUCAAAGAUCUACGGGAUCGGACGAUGUUCAAAGAUGGCGUACGAGUCGUGGAGGGAGCAGGUUGAGGAGGGAGAGCAAAGAACUCAUCAGGCUGAGAUAGGAAAGGUUUUUCUCAUCGACAGAGAUGUGGACUUUGUCACUCCUCUGUGUUCACAAGUUGUCUAUGAAGGACUCGUGGAUGAUAUAUUUAGGAUCAAAUGUGGAUGUGUGGAGUUUGGGCCUGAGGUUACCUCCUCGGACAAAAGCAUGAAAGUCAUGCUGAACUCUCAGGACAAGGUCUUCAACGAAAUCAGAAACGAGCAUUUCUCCAACGUCUUUGGCUUCCUCAGUCAGAAAGCCAGGAAUCUCCAGACUGCUUAUGAUAAGCGUCGGGGGAUGGACAUAAAGCAGAUGAAGACGUUUGUGUCGGAGGAGCUGAAAGGGUUAAAACAGGAGCAUCGGCUGCUUAGUCUACACAUCGGCGCCAGUGAAUCGAUCAUGAAGAAGAAAACGAAGCAGGAUUUUCAGGAGCUGCUCAAGACUGAACACUCAUUACUUGAAGGAUUUGAAAUCCGUGAAUGCAUUUCAUUCAUAGAGGAGCACAUCAACCGACAGGUCUCCAUGAUAGAAAGUCUGAGGCUGCUUUGCCUUCUGUCUAUCACGGAAAACGGACUCCUGCCAAAAGAUUUCCGCUCUUUGAAAGCGCAGUAUCUACAGAGCUACGGUGUGGAUCACCUGCUCACGUUUGCCAACCUGAGGCAGUUGGGGCUGCUGGUGGAGCAGCAGCCGGGUGAAACACUGACCGUGAUGGAGAGCAAAGUGGGCAAACUGGUCAACGACAAAACCGCAGGAAAGCUGACUGACGCCUUCUCCUCGCUCGCAAAGAAGAGCAACUUCAGAGCCCUGAGCAGAAAACUCAACCUGGUGCCAAAGUCAGAUGAAGAAUAUGACCUGCGUGUACCACGAGACAUGGCGUACAUCUUUAGCGGUGCAUACGUCCCUCUGAGCUGCAAACUCAUCGAGCAGGUGCUGGACCGAGACGGUUGGACGGGACUUGAAGAAGUCACCAGGCUGCUAAACGGACACGAAUUUGCUGUUUCAGGAAGCACUGGAGGCGAUUCAAAAACAAAGAGCGACGCUCAGCGCAUCAUCCUCGUCAUGUUCCUCGGCGGCUGCACGUUUUCAGAGAUUUCGGCCCUACGUUUCCUCGGCAGAGAGAGAGGUUAUAAAUUCAUCGUGGUGACGACUGCCAUCACAAACAGUUCAAGACUGCUGGAGGCUUUGCUGGACAACCAUGCAUGAAGCACAGACAGAAACUACAGACACAUUCCUGCAGACACCUUGUCAUGCAUCCCCCUGCAGUACUGACAUUACACACAAACGGUCCGUGUCAUACAACCAAACAACUGCAACCAUGUAUAAAGUGAAUAAAUGUUUUUAACGUGUU